CCUGUUAAUCCGCCACUAAAGAGCAGCUAGAAGAGGAUGGGGGAAGAGAAAAACAAGAGGGAGGAUAGGACUGGCAAAGACGUGGACGAAAGGCAAAACAGAGAGUCGCAGGAAAAUGACCUUUACCUGGGUUGUCUCACCAAACGACACCUAAUAAUGAUGUCUGUGGCUGUUGGACUUAUCAUCGUGCUGAUUAUUAUCACUGUCACUGCCGUGGUGCUCUCCAAUAAAUCAGUGUCCCCCGCUCCUCUCACGUUCUCCACUGGUGGAGACAUGCUGGACUACCUGGUGGAGAUGGGUAACAUCAGCGAACCCGACGGCCUGUUGGCCACCUGGUUUCACAGAGCCAACAGCCAGGACGACAUGAACAAAGCUCUCGCAAGUGAUGCCAUGAUCCUGGAGGCUGAUAUCACUCUGCAUGGUUAUGGAACCGCUGAUCAGAAGCCCAUCCCUAUCAUGGCUCACUUUCCAGACAUCUUUAGCGAUAACACUCUGGACCAGUGGCUGGAUGCUGUGCUGGCCUCUACAAAAGGUAUGAAGUUGGACUUUAAAUCUCUGGAGUCAGUGGGUUUGUCACUGGAUCUGCUCAGACAAAAGAACACUGAAAGAGCGAUAAACAGGCCUGUGUGGCUUAAUGCAGACAUCCUUCCAGGUCCUAACGUACCAAAUUUUGUGCGUCCAGUCAAUGGAACCAUAUUUCUUCAAUUGAUUCAAGAGAAGUUUCCAGAUGCAACUUUGUCUCCUGGAUGGAAGGUACUCUAUACUCCUCCAAUAGCUGUUGCUUCAUACUCUAGGGCCAUGGUGGAAGACAUGUAUGAUAUGAUCAAAGACGUACCCCAAAAGGUCACGUUCCCUGUCCACGCCCUGUUGGUCCGCAGUGGCUGGCAGCAUCUGAAAUGGCUCCUCAGCCAGUCACCACGGUUCAGCCUGACUUUGUGGCAGGGGUCCAUUCACCCGAACGUCAGUGAUCUGCUGUUUGUCCGUGACAACACUCAGCCUUCGGAAGUCUACUACGAUAUAUAUGAACCCACGCUGUCAGACUUCAAACAGGCUGCAGGGAAUCGGAGCCAAGUGAGGAAGUUCUAUCCUGGAGGAGACCUGCUGGACUUCCUUUAUCCAACACACUACCCAGGCACCAACGUCUCACCUGCAGCUACACAGCACAGCAGCCUGGCAGUGCGCUGGUUUACAGUCAAUGAUCAGGCUUCCCUGUUGGCUCAGCUCUCAGAUGGGGACGGCGGGAUGCUGGUCAUUAACGUGGCUUCUCGAAGCAACCAGCCUGACGUCCCUGUGGUGGAAGGUUCUGGAAGCAGCUCAGAGCACCUCAUGUUGCAGGAUGUCCUUCAGCUGCUUGAGCAAAAUGCUCACGCCCCCUGGGGCGUCUACCUGCGGAUCCACACUCAUCAGCUUCUGGAGGCUUCGCUCAACUUGCUGCAGUCGGCCUACAGCACAGAGAAUCUCUACAGGCCUGUCUGGAUCAGCAUGGAGGGUUUACAGAGCAGCGACAGCACCUCGGACUUUGUUUCCACAGUAGAGAGGCUGUUUCCUUAUGUCACCCUGGUGCAGACUGAGCAGAACUGGCCCCCUAUGGUACCAGCACCACUAACAGGCUUGUCUCAGAGGGUCGCUGUGCAUCUAAAUGCAGCAUCGUUGAUCAAAGGGCGGGAACAGCUUCACGUUCUAAUGGGGCUGAUGGACAAAUAUGACUUUGUAGUGGAGACAGAAACAAAUAGCUAUGCUGAAGCAUUUACAGUACUGGAGGGACUUAUGGCCCAGCGCACAGGGAGAGCAAACACUAACCUGUAUGUGUUAUCUAACAUGUCCUAACUGAAGAACUCAGAAUUACAGAAUUAUACAAAUAUCAACAAGGAUAUUUGUGUUAUACAGUUGUCUCUUUAAAUACUGUGAAUAGAAAUGUCUGUCACUGACCUUUCACAUUGUAACAUCAAAAUGUUGCAACCCAUCAAGAGCCUGACCAAUAUUCUGUAGACCUGCAGUAUAAUAUCAUCUGAUAUUGAUUAAUCUUUAUCUAUCAUGUUUACACUGGUGAAUUUGUGGUAAAAAAAAAUUGCUGGACUUAUCUGAAUGUAUUUUUUGUAGUUGUAUUUGUAUUUUUUUUUUAAAUCAAUUGUGUAAAAUAUUUAUGUAAUUCAUAAAAUAAGUAAAAAAUCAA